CCCACCACCCCCAAGACGGACCCGCAGCCCAGCAAGCAGGACCUGAAGCGCGAGGGCCGCUCGCUGGGCGAGGGCGGCCGGCAGCCGCCGCACAUCGAUUUCCGCGACGUGGACAUCGGCGAGCUGAGCAGCGACGUGAUCUCCAACAUUGAGACCUUCGACGUCAACGAGUUCGACCAGUACCUGCCGCCCAACGGGCACCCCGGGCAGCCCGGCCAGGUCACCUACACGGGCAGCUACGGCAUCAGCGGCGCCGCGGGCACGCCGCCGGCCGCCGGCCACGUGUGGAUGUCGAAGCAGCAGGCGCUGAGCGCGGAGCAAGGCCCGCAGCAGCAGCAGCAGCAGCAAAGGACGCACAUCAAGACGGAGCAGCUGAGCCCCAGCCACUACAGCGAGCAGCAGCAGCACUCCCCGCAGCAGCAGCAGCAGCAGCAGCAGCAGCAGCAGCAGCAGCAGCUGGGCUACGGCUCCUUCAACCUGCAGCACUACAGCUCGUCCUACCCCAGCAUCAGCCGCGCUCAGUACGAGUACGGCGAGCACCAGGGCUCCUCGGGCUCCUACUACAGCCACGCCGGGCAGGGCAGCGGGCUCUACUCCACCUUCAGCUACAUGAGCCCCACGCAGCGCCCCAUGUACACGCCCAUCGCAGACACGGCAGGGGUGCCCUCCAUCCCCCAGACCCACAGCCCGCAGCACUGGGAGCAGCCCGUCUACACGCAGCUCACCCGGCCCUGAGCGCGGCGGGGGAGAAAAAGGCCGGCAAAAAAAAAAAAAAAUUAAAAAAAAAAAAAAGUUUUCAAAAAAAAAAAUAAUAAUAAUAAUAAAAAAAUCAACGGCGGCGACCCGGCAAAAAUGAAAAUUUUCGGAUGGGAAGAAUAACGGGAAGAGAGCGGAAGCAGCGAGAACGAGUGGCCUCGGACUGGUUCGGUGUUUGAAAUUGAAAUCGUGUAGUUGAAAUAAUGAUUAAAAACAGACUCACGUGGAAGCUGGCGGGGAGGAGAGAGCGCCUCGAGCCUUCUGCACUACAGCAUCCUCCAGCACCCGCUCCCAGCCCCAAAAUUUGGGACAGACUCGCCAAGGACUGGACUUGAACUCUGCUUCAGAGAUUUCCACCCAACCCGCCCAGCUGGCUCCUUCUCUGGACUUUUGUAAUGAUUUUUUUUUUGUUGUUGUUUUUAUAGCAGUAAUUAAAAGAAAGACAAAAAAAAAAAAUUUAAAAAAAAAAAAAAAAAGAAGAAAAAAAUGGGGGGUAAAAGAGAAAGCUCGGAGUCCUCUGUGAGGAAUAUUCUCUAUUUUAAAUAUUUUUAGUAUGUACUGUGUAUGAUUCGUUACCAAUUUGAGGGGAUUUAUACCUAUUUUUUAGAGAUUUUUUUUUUUUGGAAAUGCUCUUAUUUUUCCAACAGCUAAAAAAAAAAAAUGACACUUAGUGGAGCAGCCCUAGGUUUUCUUGCAGAGGUAUUUUUGUAUAGAGAAGUGUCUUUUUUUUGCUCUAAAAAUGAAACUAAACCAGCGUGCUCUGCCCUGGGAACCCAGCACUGGGGCAGGGACCAGCAUGGGAGAGGCUUUAUUUUUCUAACUCGUAGCAAAACCAGCCAGGAGGAGAACUUCACUUUAUUUUUAAAUAACCUCGAGCCUUAAAAGAAAAACAAAAAAGAGGAGGGGAAAAAAAUAAAAAAUAAAAACCCCCACAAAAAAGAAAUCAGUGCGUGGAGCAGCCCCGAAGCGCUGCAGAGAAGCCUUAAAGCAGCCCCGUGAUAAUCACGGGCUGGGGGCUGAGCCCGACCCCUCCGGGCCCCCCCUGCCCACUCCAGGGUGCCAAACCCAGCCAGGGAGACCUCUGAGACCCUUUAAAUUAUUUAUUUGGGGAGAAGAGCAGCUUUGAAUCACGAUUUUCCUUGGGUUUUGUUGUUUGGAUCUCCCCCGUGAGUCCUUUGGGAAGCGUUGCGUUAGUUGGGAGCGUUGUUUGGGGAGGGGGUGACCGUGCCUGUUAAAUUAUGGUCUGAAACUGUAACCAGUCCUUUAUUUAUCUCUUUAAUUCCUUUUGGUUGUUGUUAUUAUUAUUAUUAUUAUUCUUUUUGGAAUCUGUGUCCUGGGUUUGUACAAACUUUGCGCUCUUCCUUUUUUUAUUUUUGGUUUUUUUUGAGGUUUUAUUUUAUUUUAUUUUUUUUUUUUUUGUCUCUUGCCUCGGAGGAGAAACUGGAAGAAGGAAGAAAAAAAAAAUAAAAAAAAAUGAGAUUUGUACAAACUAAAGAUUGCAAAUGUAGCGGAUCACUGAAUCAUUUGCCUUGUUUCCUGCCUCAGCUCUCUGGGACACACGAGCUCGUGCAAGGACGAGCCCCACACCCCAGCCCUGCUGCAGGGGUGGCACCGUUUUAGCCUUCAACCCCCCCAAAAAAACUGCCUGGGAGAGGUGGGGGGGACACUGAUUUUGGUGAAGCUGUGGCUGAACAGUUAAGGAUUGCUUUUUAAAAAAGACAGCAGACUUUUUUUAUUUAAAAAAAAAAAAUAAUGAUAUAUUUGUUAACUUUUUUUUUUUUUUAGGGAUUCAGUAGGAGAAAAAAAAAAUCUUAAAGCACUCUUAUAAUAUGGCAUCUUUCUAUUUCUGUAUAAAAGCAGAUCUUUUUAAAGUAUUUCUGUAACUUAAAAGACCUGUCCUUUAAAUCAUAUUUUGUCUUUAGGUAAGUUUGGUUUGGUUUUGGUUGCAAGAUCCUUCUCUUUGUGAAACUUACCUUUUUUUUUUGUUUUGUUUUGGUUGUUUGUUUUUUUUUUGUAUAUUAUUGUUUGCAAUAAAUAUACAUUGUAUUAAAAGUUC